AUGGAGAGGGUCCGCCCCCUGCUGGAGCGCCGCAGCGGCGCGGCGCCCGCCGCCGCUUCCGCCACCGCCGCCGCCGCCGCGCCGCGCGGCGACGCGAUGCCGGACCCGCGCCUGCUGCUGCGCCUGCUGCGCGCCCGGCUGGCGCUCGCGGCCGGGUACCCCAAGGCGGCGCGGCGGGACGUCAAGCCGCUGCUCUCGCAGCUGCCGCGCUGCGAGGCGGCGAUCAUGCUAAAGGCGCAGCUGGACGCGGCCCGUGGGCACCCGCGGAAGGCCCUCCGCACGCUGGGGCCACUGCUGGGGGCGGGCGCGGCCGGCGGCAGCGGGGACGGCGGCGGAGGGGGCGGCGUGCUCGGGCGGCCGGCGGCGCGUGUGCCUCUGCUGUGCAAUUUGGGGUUGCUGCAUCACCAGUUUGGGAAGCACCAGGUGGCGGCGCUGUACCUGUCAAAAGCGCUGUCAGAAGCAGCCAUAGUGCCGGCCGGCUGCACCGCCCCCUGCGCUACAGCGGCGACGCCGUCGGCGCCGGCGACGCCCGGUAUCGGACGGGAACCGUCGCGUCAGCGGCAGCAGCAACGGCAGCAGCAGCAGCAGCAGCAGCAGCAGCAGCAGCAGCAGCAGCAGCAGCAGCAGCAGCAGAGGCGGCAGUUUGGUGGGUUGUGGCCGGACCACAGUCAUGCCCUGCAAUACAACCUGGGGCUGCAGCACCUGAUGCUGGGGAACUGGCAGGCGGCCCUCGAGUGCUUCGACGCAGCGGGGCAGCGGUACUUCAUGCAGCCGCUCCUGUGGCUGCGCAUGGCGGAGGCCAGCAUCGGGCUGCACCUACUGGGCGCAGAGAGAGCGCGCGCCGCGCAGCUCCGGGCGCGGGACGAAGCGCGCGGGGACGAGGCGGCCGCGGCCGAGGCAGAGGCGCGGCUGGACGGGCAGCGGCGGGACGAGGGCGGCGGCGGCGGCGGCGGCGGCGGCGGUUCUGCGGCGGCGGCGUUGGCGGCGGCGCUGGAGGGCGCCGGCGGGCAUCCGCUGUUGGAGGGGGUCAUCGGGUCGGGGCCGCGCCGCCGGCUGUUGCUGCCGUCGGGGCAUGCCUUUGGCGCCGAGGGCGCCUGCGACGGCGGCGGCGGCGACGGCGGCACGCCGGCGUGGUCCGAGGGCCCUCUGGGCGCCGCGCUGCUGCAGCUGCAGACGGCGGCGGCCUUGCUGCAGGACCUGAAAGCAGAAGCCGCUAAAGAGGUCGAGGAGGCCGCCUCUGCCGCCGCGGCGGCGGCCGCGCUCGGCGGCGGCGGCCCGCUGCCGCCCAACGGCGCUCGCGGAGAGGGCGACGGCGACGGCUCGCCCGGCGCGGACGGGCGCCGCUUGAGCGACGACCAUUUUGGCGCCAGUGGCAGCCCCGGCGCCGCCGCGGCGGCGGCUGCUGUCGGGCCGCGGGUGCUGUCCGACUGCCCGCCUGCGGAAGAGCUGGAGGCCGCCGGGCAAGCCAUCUACGCCAACCUUUCCUACGUCCACUUGCUCAGGGACGACCCUAUCCCUGCCCUGGCAGCUGCUCGGCAGCUGCUCGCGUGCAGCGGCCUCAGCGCGCAGCAGCACUACCUCGGCUCCUGCUACGCCGCCGAGGCGCACUGCAUGCUGGGGCGGCCGGAGGAAGCUGCGGAGCAGCUGCACGCGCACCUGCGGCUCUUCCAUGGCGCGGGCAGCGGUGCAGGAGACGGCGCCACUGACGGCGCCAUGACGUCAGCCGCGCCGUCGGCCGGUGGGGCGGCAGCUUCCACAAGCAUCAAGUCCGACGACGACGCGGCGGGUGCGCGCGAGUGUACGAUCCUGCACAACCUCUAA